AAUAUCCUUUGACUUUUUUUUGGUUUUUGUUUUUUUUUUUUUUUUUGUCGUUCGUCCAUGGCCGAGUCAUCCUCCGCUUCCGAUUCACAGCCAUCGUCAACUCGGCCUCUUGACUAGCGCAUCCCCACGCUUCUUCUCCAAGAGUGACUUCACGCACGGAAAAGACAGAGCCAGGUCGAGGGAUCUAAGCGCGGAGUUUUUCCGAUCAAUGAGAUCCAAAGCUAGGGCUCUGAGGAUGUGAGGGGCUGGGUCUUUGGGGAGAGAGAGAGUGAGAGUACUUUCUCUGCCUCGAUCAAUGCGUUCUUGGCAUGAAUUAGGGAGUGUUCUCGGUGUGGAAUUGAUGGGGCUCGAGCCAGGAGAUGAGAUCCUUGGACGAAAUUGCGACUGGAUUGAAGGUUGGCUCAGUUCUUGGUUCGGAGCUCGGUUAGGGGCUUGCUUGGGAAGUUUCAUGCUCCGUUCUGGGAAAAAUGAAAAGGGUAAUGUGGAAAAUAUUAAAAAAUAAAAGGGUAAAAGCAAAAAAUUAAAACGGGAUGGGGUAGAUUUCAUUAACACCCUUCAACUAAGGGUAUUGGGUCAAAUUUCCCAGACAUUCUGGGGAAUUUCUUGGCCCUUACAAUAUCGUUCCCUCUUUCUUAUUUUCAAUGAACCGGCCACAUAUCAUUAUCAUUUUAUUGAUGGAGGCUUUCAUGAUUACUUAAUCAUGAUGUUAAUGACCGAUUCUCGAAUUAUUUAUUUAUUCAUAUAUGAAAGAGACUAAAAAUAUACCAAGUUUUUAACAAUUGCACGUUCAUCCUCACGUUCAUUCCAAGCUCGUCUGGUUGACUAACAAAACAAAAAAAAAAAAAAAAAGAACGGUUUUGUUUCUUCUUUAUCAUUCCACCAGAAGUUCUCUGAACCUUGAAUUUUGUAGCUCUCCAAAAAAGAAAAAAAAGAAAAGAAAAGGAAAAUGGAAGGUCUAGUUGUGCCCCCAGUUUUACAGGUGAUCUUUGACAGGUUGACUUCUCCUUUCCUACAAAAGCUUGGUAAUAUGUGGAAUCUCACUGACAACUUCGAAAAGUUACAGCGAACCUUGGUCUAUGUUCAAUCCAUUCUUGAAGAUGCAGAACAGAGACAGGUGAUGGAUAGAGAUGUCAGAACAUGGUUGGCAGAGCUCAAACGUGUUGUUUAUGAUGCUGAGGACCUGCUUGAUGAUAUUACUAUAAGUGGUGCGCUUGUCAACUCCGGAGGAGUCCAAGGGUUUGGUAUGAAAUUUGAUCUUUUGCACACACAGUAUGCUGAUGAUAUAAGCGAGAUGCUAGAUAAGUUAGAAGCUGUUAGAGAUGAAGGGUCUAAAUUCAAUUUGAGAGAGCGUAGUGUGAUUCAUGUUAGGAGGGAAACUGGUUCUUUUGUUAUUGAAUCUGAAGUUUGUGGAAGAGAGGAAGAUAAAGAGAAUAUAGUGAAGAUGUUGUUAUCUAGUGAAGCUACACAUGGAGGAGCUGUGUCAUUCAUUCCAAUUGUAGGCUUAGGAGGGGUUGGAAAGACCACCCUUGCUCAAUUAGUGUUUAAUGAUCAAAGGGUAAUACAGCAUUUCAAUGCUAGAAUAUGGGUUUUUGUUUCUGAUCACUUUGAUGCCAAGUCAAUAAUGAUGACUGUCAUUGAUUUUCUUAGCAAAGAGAAAUGUCAGUACUCAACAAUGGAUGCACUUCAAAGGGCAGUUCGGGACUUGUUGCAUGACAAGAGAUACUUAAUUGUAUUGGAUGAUGCUUGGACAAGAAAUCAGAGUGACUGGGAAAAACUAGAGCCACUCUUUAGGGGAGUUGUUGAUGGAAGCAAGAUUAUAAUCACAACCCGCAGUAGAAGAGUUGCAAUGAUGAUUAACUCCCCUAAUUCUCCAUAUUACUUGAAGGGUUUGUCCAUGGAUGCUUGCUGGUCUUUGUUCACACAACGUGCAUUCCAACCGGGAGAAGUAGAAAGUCACCCGCAUCUGUUGCCCAUUGGACAGCAGAUUGUCAGAAAAUGUGGAGGAGUGGCAUUGGCUGCAAAAAUAUUGGGAAGUCUCAUGCGUUUCAAAAGAGAGAAAAGGGAGUGGCUUGCUGUUCAAAAUUGUGAACUUUGGAACUUGGUUGAAUAUGAGAGUGGAAUUCUACCAGCCAUAGGAUUGAGUUACUUCCAUUUACCACCCCAUCUGAAGCGUUGUUUCACAUUCUGUUCAAUAAUUCCCAGAGGUCAUGAGAUCAGGAAAGAGAAACUAAUCCGUCAAUGGAUGGCAGCAGGUUUAAUUCAAUCCAAUGGAGAAGGAGAAACACCAGAGGACAUAGGCAAUGCCUACUUCAAUGAUCUUCUUUGGAUGUCUUUCUUCCAAGAGGUGAAUGAUUGUAAUGAUGGUGGUGUUGUUAGAUACAGGAUGCAUGAUGUUAUUUAUGAUCUUGCUCAAUCUCUUGCUGGAGCAGACUUAACUAUUCUACAACGCGGUUUUCCUCCAAGGAAUUAUGCACAAGUUCGUCACUCUUCUGUGGUUUGUGAUUUUGGGUCCUCAAUGAUCCCAGAACAGUUAUAUGAAGCUCAGCGUCUACGAACUCUCUUCUUAUUUUCAGAAGGAAAUUUUCGAGAAGUCCCUCGCAGAGUAUUUCUAAGCUUUAAAUAUUUGCGGGAGCUGGAUUUGAGUGGAUGUGGUCUUCAGGUUCUGGAUAAUUCAAUUGGUGAGUUAUUGUUUCUGAGGUUUCUCGAUCUCUCUCACACACAUAUCCAAUCGUUACCCCGUUUCAUUGAAGAAUUACAUUUCUUACAGACUUUGAAUGUAUCUGGUUGCUAUAGUCUUGAAGGGUUGCCAAACUUAGCAAAUAUGAAAAGCCUCAGACAUCUCAAUAACACUGGCUGUGAAGCAUUGACCACCAUGUUACCUUUGCACGAACCCUUCAAUAAUCUCCAACUGCUUUCCACUUUUAUCACACAGGGUAGGAGAGCAUUGAUCGAUAUGGCUCUCCCCCAAACCCCAAAUGAGCUUCAAACAUUACCACUCUUUGUUGUUGGUGGCAUUCCUGACUUGCUGCUUCUUGAACGGCUUGACCUCCAUGGAAGUUUGAAAAUUACACAGUUAGAGAAUGUGCGUGACACCCCUUACAUAGGGUAUUAUGGAUUGAUGAAAAUGAAAGGCAUUGAGUCGUUGGGACUUUACUGGGGUGAUAACGGUCGUUGUUGUCCAAGCAUUGAUCCAGAAGAUGGAUCUCCUUUUACCAUAUUUCAAGAAAGAAAACAAAAUCAAUCACCAAUAAGGUCAGACAGGUUUCCACCUGAUGCUUUUGAGGCAAACUAUAUCCUUAGUUGCCUCCAGCCGCACCAAAAUUUAAAAAGACUGCUUGUGAAAGGCUAUCCAGGCUUCUCGUUUCCUAAUUGGAGAUCACUUAUCAAUUUGACUUCUGUUGCGCUGAUUGAUUGUAAAAGAUGUGAGGGUCUUCCUACUCUUGGGAAUCUUACAUUACUUAACAGUCUGUUGCUGCAGGGAAUGCAUGAAGUAAGGCGAAUUGGCGGAGAGUUCUAUGGACAAAGCACCAGGAGGCCAUUCUCAGCACUCAAAGAACUGACCCUUAUUGAAUUCCCUAAUUUGGAAGAAUGGUUAGGUUCACAUAGUAGAGAUGUUUUCCCCAGCUUGAGCAAAUUAAUCAUCAAAAAAUGUCAAAAGCUCAAAGUGAUGCCACAGAUUAUAUCUACUAUUCAACAUUUAGAGCUGCAUGAUUGCGCUGCAUGUUUAGUUGAUUACUUUCAGAACCUAACCUCCCUCACAAUUCUUGUAAUUGAUAACAUAGAAAAUUUGUCAUCUUUCCCAGGAGCAUUUCCUGGAAACAACCCUUUUCUUACCUCCUUGGAGAUUAAAUCUUGUCCUUGGCUUUAUUCUCUUCCUACAUUUGAAGACCUUACUGCUCUGAAAUCAUUGACAAUUCGGUGGUGUGAAAAACUCUCCUAUUUGCCAAAAGGUUUGCAGAAUCUCAAUGCUUUGGAGUCCUUGGAGAUUGGUGAUUGCCACAGUCUCAUGUUUCUGCCAGAGGUUGGGACUAGAGGCUCCAGUAACCUUAGAACUCUGUCCAUUGAGAACUGCAGUAAUCUGACUUCUUUGUCAAUGGGCAUGAAAAAUCUUACAUCUCUUGAGCAUUUGAUCAUUAUGUACUGCCCAAGUCUUGUUACUUUACCACAGGGCAUACGGCACCUUUCUGCCCUUCAAAGUUUAACAAUCUUAGGCUGCUGUACAGAGUUCAUUUCUCUUCCAGAGGAGUUACAGAACCUUACAGGCCUCCAUAGUCUGGAAAUCAGGAGCUGUCCUGGCUUAGAAGCUUUGCCAGAGUGGAUUGACAUGCUUAUUUCAUUGAGAUCUUUAGCAAUUUCAGAGUGCCAUAGAAUAAGACUUUUACCUGAAGGAAUAGAAUAUCUUACUGGACUUCAACACCUCUCAAUUCAAGAUUGCCCUCAACUUCUGGAAAGGUGCAGACAGGGAACGGGUGAAGAUUGGCCAAAGAUAGCCCAUGUCCCAUAUAAGCAUAUUGGACUACCUACACUAAGGCAUCCAACCGAAGCAAGCAGUUCUUCUUCAUAGAAGCAGAGCUUGCUAUUAAUGAAAGAAGACCAGGAACUAUGCCUUAAUUUGGAGAAGGCCAAAAAAAGAUCCUUUUGAAGAAUCAGUAACCGGCUGUGCAGGAGGAGAAGUCUUGGAAAUGCCAACAUUGGAGGCCUUUGUUAAAACAGAUUGGGCAUUAGUAAAACAAAGGCCAGCGAGUCUUUAGACUUGGAAUCCUUAGCCAAGUAGAUGAACUGGAUGUUACAAUAUAAAUGGAAAUGAUGGCUACUAUUAUUUUAUUUUAACUUUUUAUUUUUCAAAUAUUUAUCAAAUUACUUUGACUCCUUGAGUUUUAUCAGAAUUAAGAUUUUCUUUUUGUUGAAAGAAUUAAAAUUAAGAUAAUUGUUGAUGUGUACAAGAUAUAUAUUUUUGUUCAUAAACAAUUGAAAAUAUAUGAAUUCUUAAAAAAAUUCUUUGAUCAUUUGUAGUAUGCUAUGCUUCUAAUAUGUGGUUUAUGGGUGUUAAAAUAUAUAUAUAUAUAUAUAUAUAAAUAUGUGGGUUUAAAAGACUUUCCUUUUUCCUUUUCUGUUAUUUUAUUAUAUUUUGUUUUUCUUUUUAGUCUUGGGUUUGGAGGCUCUGUCUUCAUGUUGUACAUGCUAUUCUCUUUGUUGACAUUCACGGUUUUCGUCAUUAUUUGUCAAGUCAAGCGUUCUAAUAAGAUUACCACUUUGAUA